UUAUCUGUGCUUUAUGUAUAGUGUCUGUAAUCUAUGAACACAUCAUUCCAAUUUGUUUAUUAUUAUUGUUUCUAUUCCUAUUAAUUUUAAUUAUUUACAGGGCAGAAAUUAAAUCAGUAAUGGACAAUUUAAAAACUUCAUUAGAUCAAUAUAAUAAUCAGCUUUCGAUGGUAAACGAAGCACUCACUACAGUUCAGGAUCAUACAGAACGUGAAUCACUUGUGGCCCUUCAGUCUGAAUUGCAACAACUUAUUCAAUUAACUCAAGAAAGUAUAGACACUGCGGUGCCAAAAGAUAAUGCUACUGAUAAAACUAUACAAAAUAAUAACGAGAAAAAUGAUUUAGACGAUGAAUACGCAUUAUUCAUGCAAGAAAUGGCUAAAACUGGUGUAUAUGAUGUAGACAAUAGAGAAAAACCUGAAUGCUCAAAAGAGAAUAAUCAAAAUGAAAGUGACAGUAGUGAUAUAGAGGAUGAAUUGGCUACAUUGCUAGGCAUGAAGUGUGCUGUAUACCAUACCCAUAAGUGGGGUGGCCAGCCAAGCCUUCACAAUGCAAUGGUCAGUGCUGUUAUCCCCAGACAAGAUGAUGACCAGUUUAAAGAUCUGCAGGUGCGAGUGCUUUUCACUCAUCCAACUCAUGCAGAAAUGUUACCAUGUCCUUUCUAUCUAGAUGGUGAAUGUAGAUUUAAUGAUGAACAAUGUAGAUAUUCUCAUGGCAACAUAGUAGCAUUAUCAAAUUUAAAAGAAGCGAUCGAACCUAAUUUUGAUUCAAUAAAAGUUGGAAGUAGAAUAUUGCUGAAAUUAAAACCACCUGAAGGAGAGGACACAUCUUUAACUAAAAAAUCCACAGAAAAAUAUCACUUGUGGCAUAGAGCAAUUGUGAAAGAUGUAGAUUUAGAGAAAAGAGUUUGUUUAGUGAAAUUAGAACAAGGGCUUAAAUCAGGAGAGAAAAGGAAAUCAGGUUCUGAAGAAUUCCAAGUUCAUUUUGAAGAAAUUUUUCCUCUCAAUGCUGAAAAUGAUAGUGAUUCACUAUCUGACGACAGCCUCAGUGACACUGAGUAUCCAGAUAGUAAAAUAUUACGUACAGAAGAUGAGGACCGUACGCUUUUAAUAGAGAAGAGUUUGCAAAGUAAUGCACCAGCAAUGGGAGAAUGGGAGCGUCACACCAGAGGUAUUGGAUCCAAGCUAAUGCUGGCGAUGGGUUACGUGCCGGGCACAGGGCUGGGCGCGGCGAGCGACGGCCGCGUACAACCGGUUGAGGCGCGUCUGCUACCCGCCGGCAAGAGUCUCGACCAAUGCAUGGCCAUUUCGGAAAAAGUCACCGCACAAGACCCACUCAAGGUAGAACAACGACUCAAACGUCUUCAAAAGAAAGAGGAAGAACGAAAUAAAAGAGCUUAUGAGCGCGAAAAAGAAAGAGAGAGAAGAAAUGUAUUUAAUUUUCUUAAUAAAACGUUAGGAGAUAAAUCAGAUAACGUGGAAUCAUCGGCGGUACCACCAACAGGUAUAAAAGAAUCCACAAGUAAAGAUUUGAACAUUGAACAGUUCAAAAUAAUGGAAGAUACAAAAAAGCUUGAACGGGAGAUAGUAAAAUUAAACAGUUCUCUAGCCAGACACGCUCCUAGUUCAAAUGGUUACAGAAGUAUUAGCCUUCAAAUUGUAGAGAAAAAUAAAGAACUAAGUGCUCUGAGAAGUAGGGAAGAAGUCAUUUCUAAAGAACAAAAACAUCGAAAAGAUAAACAAAAAAUGACAGUAUUUUAACUGUUUUAAUGCAGAAUCAAUAUUAUGUUAAUAUAAUGUAUAAAUAAAAAACAUUAUUAGAAACAAGUACUUUAUUUGCAUUCUACAUUGUUCAUUUGUGAACUCCUUACAACUGAAAAGUAAGAAGUUAUAUUUUCAUGCCAUUAGGAAAUAAUAACAAAACCGGUCAUUUGGUGGUGUUAAUGAAACACUUGUAUGUAAUUAUAAAUUUCUCUAUUUACAAGUGACAUUUU